CUAUCCUUCCUGCUCAGACUGUGGGGAGGGAUUCACUCAAUGAUCUGACCGACUGGCACGCCCCUCAUUUUACACAGGAGAGAGGCUGUUCACCUGCUCAGACUGUGGGAAGGGAUUCACUCUGUCAUCUGACCUAAUGGCACACCAGCGAGUUCACACCGGGGAGCGGCUGUCCACCUGCUCGGACUGUGGGAAGGGAUUUACUUCGUCAUCUCAACUGAAGGUACAUCAGCGAGUUCACACUGGGGAGAGGCCGUUCACCUGCACAGACUGUGGGAAGGGAUUCACUCGGUCAUCUAACCUAAUGGCUCACCAGCGAGUUCACACCGGGGAGAGGCCGUUCACCUGCUCGGACUGUGGGAAGGGAUUCACUUCGUCAUCUCAACUGAAGGUACAUCAGCGAGUUCACACUGGGGAGAGGCCGUUCACUUGUUCAGUGUGUGGGAAGGGAUUCACUCAGUCAUCUCAGCUGAAGGUACAUCAGCAAGUUCACACCGGAGAGAGGCCAUUCACCUGCUCAAACUGUGGGAAGGGAUUCACUCAGGCAUCUCACCUACUGAGACACCAGUCAGUUCACACCAGAGAGUGGCCAUUCACCUGCUCAGACUGUGGGAAGGGAUUCACUCAGUCAUCCGCCCUAAUGGCACACCAGCGAGUUCACACUGGGGAGAGGCCGUACACCUGCUCAGACUGUGGGAAGGGAUUCACUUGGUCAUCUGACCUAAUGGCUCACCAGCGAGUUCACACAAGGGAGCAGCCGUUCACCUGCUCGGAAUGUGGGAAGGGAUUCACUACAUCAUCUCAACUGAAGGUACAUCAGCGAGUUCACACUGGGGAGAGACCAUUCACCUGCUCAGACUGUGGGAAGGGAUUUACUUGGUCAUCGAAUUUGAAGGCGCAUCAGAGAGUUUACAGUGGAGAGAGGCCAUUCACCUGCUCAGAUUGUGGGAAGGGAUUCACUUCGUCAUCUCAGUUACUGAGACACCAGUCAGUUCACACUGGAGAGUGGCUGUUCACCUGCUCGGACUGUGGGAAGGGAUUCACUUCGUCAUCUCAACUGAAGGUACAUCAGCGAGUUCACACUGGGGAGAGGCCAUUCACCUGCUCAGACUGUGGGAAGGGAUUCACUUCGUCAUCUCAGUUACUGAGACACCAGUCAGUUCACACUGGUGAGAGGCCGUUCUCCUGCUCAGUGUGUGGGAAGGGAUUCAUUCUGUCGUCACAACUAAAGGUACAUCAGCGAGUUCACACUGGGGAGAGGCCUUUCACCUGCUCAGACUGUGGGAAGGGAUUCACUUCAUCAUCUCAGUUACUGAGACACCAGUCAGUUCACACUGGUGAGAGGCCGUUCACCUGCUCAGACUGUGGGAAAGGAUUCACUUCGUCAUCUCAACUUAAGGUACAUCAGCGAGUUCACACUGGGGAAAGACCAUUCACCUGCUCAGAGUGUGGGAAAGGAUUCACUCAGUUAAUCCACCUGCAGAGACACCAGCAAGCUCACACUGGGUAGAGGCCGUUCACCUGCUUUGGUUGUGGGAAGGGAUUCACUCAGUCAUCUCAACUGCAGAGAUACCAGCGAGUUCACACUGGGUAGAGGCUGUUCACCUGCUCAGACUGUGGGAAGGGAUUCACUCGGUCAUCUCAACUACAGAGACAUCAGUGUGUUCACACUGGGGAGAGGCAGAUCUCCUGCUCGGACUUUGGGAAGAGAUUCUCUCAGCCAAAUCAAUCAGGUUUGCAUCAUUGAGUUCACACUGGGGAAACCUGUUCAACCGCUGUGAAUGUGGGAAGCGAUUCACUCAGUCAUCUAACCUUGUAACUCUCACUUCGACCAGCAGUUUAAUGUGGGGGUCGAUAGCUCCAGGCCCGGCCAAUCUUAAGAAAUCUCGUUUGGGUGGAUGCUGCACGAUGUGUCCCCCGUUACAAAUCAGUACCCCAAAAUAACAAGCAGCACACAAUAUGUGAUUAAAUAAUUGAGAAUUAUAAUUCUUAUUUUGACUAUAGGGUUAGUAAAGAAAACAAAAUAAAGAAAAAGGGCCCACUCUCUCCAUUCACAUCUUCUCAUCUCUCCCUGGCAAAAGACCAUGAAAAUCUCUCUUCCAGACUCACAAGAAAGAACAUUUCUCCCAUUGGAUAGCCCCGCACUCCAAAACCCUGUUAUCUCUAGUCGUAACCUAAACAUUACUGCUACAGAGAAACCAUUACCUCAGCAGUGAACCAUUGCAGAGAGGCCAUUACAUUAGCAGUGAAACCUUACAGCGUGUUACACUUGUGACACACUGCCGGGUUCACACUGGGGAGAAAGUUUCAAUAAGCUGCAUGCUGGAUAUUUGUCCAUCACCGUUGCUGAAUGCAAUUUCGAGAGUGACUGUCGGUGCUGAACUCUGCAAUUAUUGCUGCUGCUCACCACACCCAGUUCUGCACCCUGGUCACUGGGCAUGGGAGGAGUUUCUUCUGCUACAUAUUCACCUUUAAUGGGACUGGAGUUUAAUAUUCUGCACCUGUGACAAAUUAAUCAGUUCUAUUUUAACCUCUGUCUUUGGUACUUACCGUGUUUAUAACACAACCAGUGUACUCAGGCCUGCAGGACCCAGCCAGUGAUUCAGUUCCACAGCGGCCCUUUUGAAUCCUCCCCUGUUGUUCAUCUCUCACUCUCCCUGCGGGAUGGGUCCCAGUCACCACUGUGUGGGUGAAGAGGUUUCCCUUGAAUUUUCUGCAGACUGAAGAAGUCGAGCUGACUGCAGUUCUGUCUGAGAUGUUCUUUGCCCCUCAAAUCUCUGGGCUGAGAAAGAAUGACAUUGGGAGUUAAUCUCCUUAUUCAGGGCUCAUUUCCACAUGUGGGUCAUUUUCCCUGCUUCUAAAGGGUUGUUAGAAAACACCACUCUCCUCUAAAGACUGAAAGCAGAAUGGGAAACCAUUAGUUGGAUGUUCAACGGACUCGGGGUCAGAAACCAGAGGCUGGUCUGCACAGAGCAGAGUUUGGGGCUCUGGACGAUGGUCGGUAUAAGAACGUAUGAUGAGGAGAAGGGAAUCAGCAGCGGGGUGUGGCAACGAAUGACAGAGUAGCAACAUUUGGAAGCUGAUUGACAGAGAAAAUCUUUCCAUUGUCUGACUGACGAUACAAACAACACCAGUGGUGAGGUGCUCCACUGGUCGAGGAAUAUGUGUGUGUUGGGAAUGGUUUUAUCUAUUGAGGGAGUUGUUCCUGUUGUUUAUCCUGUAAUAUUAUAUCUGGAUGGUUCUUAUGGAUUGUCCUAUCUGAAAUAAUGUAUUGAUUAUCUUAUAAUUUGUAAGAUUUUGACUCUGAAACUGAAUCAGGCUUGAAUUUAUGGUGCUCAAUGAAAUUAUGGUGGUCAUUCAUGAGUUUAUAUUUUGAAGUAAGAUUUUGGUGAAUAAUAUUUGCCACUUGACCUUUGUACCUUUGUAAGUAAUCAGAUUGAGUUAAACUGCUACAGCAUCCUGGAAUGUGUUGGAUCGUGUCUGGUUUCUCUUGUCAUUAUCUGCACUUACUGCCUUGUUUGUUUGUAUUUCAUGCAUUUUCAAUUUUGUUUUUCAUUUUGUUAACCACCUUGUCCUGUAUUUCUGCAAGGAACCCUCUGUUUCUGGGAAGAGGUCUCCAAAACUCAGUCAGGUGCUCGAUGCUUCCCUGUCACCAUCUAGUCUGCUCAGAUCGUUGGGAUGUCUCCCAUGGAGGGUCAUAUUCAUUCCACUGGUUAAUGUUUUCUUCCAUAGUGAUGAUUCAUUUUUCUGAGUUGGCCUCUCAUUUAAGUUUCUGGUCUGUAUUACUUAUCACAAUUGCAUAUACACACAUGGAGUGCUGAAUCGUGUUCAUUUUUGAUGAAAAUAUAUACUUUCAAGUUGUA